AUGGGACUUUCGUGGUCCUACACUCCCGCAGAUGUUCUUAUUGUAGCUGAAGCCAACAGUCCUCUCCAGUAUCCUACACAGGGCGUGGAGGUGCGCCCCCUCAAAACCAUCAUCAUUCCUGGUCUGGGUCUUAAAGAAGAAAAAGGAUCAAACCAUAGAGUAUAUUUGACAGCUACACUGGGAGUUUUUGAUGUCGCUGCCACAGUGGACGAGGUCUCUGUUAAAGGAGUGGGAGAAAAGCACAUGAUACUGUCUAGUUCUCAUCUCCCUGCUCUGAACAGGCAGCUGCAGUUCGUCACAUACACAAACACUGUUUUCCAUCCCAAGACAGCAGAUACAGUUCAUUUUGCCACUGAUGGUCACCAGUCAUUUUUCACGAUUAAAGUCGGACAUGGAACUAUUCCUACACUUUACAACACUGGAUAUCAAAAAGAAUACAAUAUUAGUGCUCUCGUAACCAUCGCCACCAAGACCUUUCUACGCUAUGACAAAUUAAAAGAGCUUAUUGACAGCAUACGCAAAUAUUAUCCCACCGUCACCAUAGUGAUAGCAGAUGAUAAUGAACACCCUCAGCCAGUGACCGGGCCUCACAUUGACCAUUACAUCAUGCCAUUUGGAAAGGGCUGGUUUGCGGGCAGAAACCUUGCAGUGUCUCAAGUGACCACCAAGUAUGUGCUCUGGGUGGAUGACGACUUCUUCUUCACCACAAACACCAAGCUGGAGCAGAUGGUGGACAUCUUAGAAAAGACCACUCUGGAUCUGGUGGCUGGAUCAGUUAGGGAGGCGACAGGCUACACUGCUACAUACCGUCACACCAUUUCAGUGGAAGAGGGCGGAGAGGAGGGCGACUGUUUACAUAUCAGAAAAGGCUACCACCAUGUCAUAGAAGGAUUUCCCAACUGUGUGGUAGCAGAUGCCGUCAUCAACUUCUUCAUGGGGAGGACAGACAAGGUGCAGCAGGUGGGCUUUAACCCCCGCCUGGCACGGCAAGGUCAUCUGGAGUUUUUCAUCGACGGCCUGGGCUCCCUCCACAUUGGCUCGUGUAGUGACAUCAUUGUCAACCAUGCAUCAAAGAUCCAGCUACCCUGGACUAAAACAGAAUCACAAAAGACCUAUGAUAAAUUCCGCUAUUCACCUUCCAGUAAUGACCAUAACGUUCAUCAGGAAGUCUUCUACUUCAAGUACAGGUUCAAAUGUGAGACCAGUAAAUAAACCAUAGUGUUGGUCUUUUUGCUGCCAUAAUGUGAGUUCAUCUUUUAUUCUCACGUAAAGACUGCCGAAAAUUACUUUUGCACUUGCUGUUUAACGGAUUGUGUGGACAGAUUGUGUUAUGUGACCAGAUUACGACUCAUGUUACAGACAGAGAAGUUCUAACAGACUAACCUCAACUAUUAAUGCACUGAAAGUAUCAUGUGUUUUUUUUUGUGUUUUUUGCCAUAAUUACUGUGACUUGCAGUGGUUCUUUACUAUAAGACACACAACCACAGCCCUAUCUGAUAAGCUUGCAUUCUGUAAUUACCUUAACUGUUUAAUAAGUGGUUAUGGUUUCCUUGUAUGGUUAUUUGGUCCUUCAUCACA